AUGCGGUUCCAACUUCCUCUUGUGCUUUUUUCAUUGUCUCAAUGUGCAUUUGCUGUCGACCCGGGCCUCCCUAUGAAGGAUCCGCUCAUAUCCUAUUGGCAGCUCCCUCCCAAUCCUGAUGUAUCAGACCGACAAAGCCCCAAUCUGCCGAAUGACGUUGAUGUGGUGAUCAUUGGCUCCGGGAUUACGGGAACCGCGGUCGCCCGGUGGCUUUUGCGUGAUGGCCUGCAGUCACAACCGCUUCGGAUUGCCAUGAUCGAGGCCCGGCAGUCCUGCUCGGGAGGCACAGGCCGUAAUGCUGGCCACAUUAGACCGACGCCCUGGGACUAUGUCAAAGACAAAGCAAACAUCGGCGCAGACGAGGCAGCGAAGAUUGUGAGGCUCAGAGCGAGGCAUUACGAGGAGUACGUCAAGGCCGUGAAUGAGGAUUUGGACGCUGCGGGGAUAGAUGCUGCCGAGGUGCGCGCUAUCGAUAGUAUCGACGCGUGGUUUACCGACAAAUCGUUCAACAGCGCGGUCGAGGAGCUGCAGAUUUUAAAGCGAGAGAUGCCAGAUAUCGGAAAUGAGUGGACAGUUUUCUCCGGAGACGAAGCAAGAGAGAAAACACUUAUGCCAGAUGUAGUUGGCAUAUUCGCUGGAACGCCGGGGAAUAUGGGCGGAGCCAUGUGGCCGUAUCGCUUUGUGACCCAUUUACAGGCCGCACUGCUCAAGAAAUAUCCCACCUUCUCGCUAGACACGCAUACUCCCGCCCUGAACAUCACCCAGUACGUCGGUCCUGGAAGGGCCAAUUUUGAGGUUAGGACACCGAGAGGCAUCAUCCGAACGCGCCACGUCGUUCACACUGGAGGAGCAUGGAUCCCACAUCUCCUUCCCAACCUUGACGGCAAGCUCAGUCAAGCACGUUGGCCCAUGAUUGCUCAGGCGGUCGGAGACAAGAUUCCAGAAGCUGGGCAGUGGCCGUCGCUUUAUCCGAAUGGCAGCCAGCCCGGUGGCCGCGGAAUGGGGUUGUGGCGGGAUUACUACGGCACCAUGCUCCAGCAGCCCAAAACUGGCCUGUUCAUAGGCGGUGGUGGGAUCCAAGGCCAGGAGAUGUAUCCUCCGUGGGAUGACCACUCACCUCUGGAACCUAUUCUUGCUUCUUACCUCAACGGAUUCAUGACCACCUUUUUUGGGUAUGAUAACUGGGGCGCGGAGAGGCCAGCUGGUCCACCGCAGAAAGAUGUAUACCAAGGCCGAACGAAGCGUAUCUGGACAGGAGUCGAUAGCAUGUCAUGGGACGAGUAUCCCAUCGUGGGCGCUCUACCUGCGUCCGCAACUGGACGGCAGGUCAGCAAUGGUUCGGAGUGGAUUUGCACGGGCUACUCGGGAAACGGCAUGCCUACAGCGUGGUUGAGUGCCAAAGCCUUGAGUGAAGUCAUACUCCAGAGUGAGGAGAAUGGUGACAACCAGACAUGGCCGGACUGGUUCCCUGAUGCCUGGGUCGUGUCAGAAGAGCGCCUCGGAAAGGAAGGAACGAACAGCUCUCAAGGCUCUGCAAUGACCAAGCGUGCGCGCCCAAUGAUAUAG